AUGGCGAGCGCUACGGGAUUACCAGAACGAUUCCCCAACGGCUCCGAGGAGGGGCUGGCAGGCCGCGAGACGGAGCCGCUUCUUGGCCGCCCUGGAGAUGUUGCGCAAGAAGAGGGCAAACCAACCCUCAAUAACCUGGCCCUAGGCACUGGAAUCAUCGCGCAGAUAGGCAUCUGGCUCCUCGUCGUGCUCCUCUGGGCUAGCGUCUUCACCAAGCCUCUCAUCCUCUUCUCGGGACACCCUCUUGCCCAAUCCUUCGCCGUGCUGGUGUUGGUACAGUCAGUUCUGUUCCUCCAGCCCACCCAUACAAGCGACCAGAAGCGCCUCGGGCAGCGUGUCCACGGCUUGCUGAACCUGGUGGCAUUCCUCUCCCUCGUCGCUGGCGUCACCAUCAUUGAGUACAACAAGGAGAAGAGUCACAACGCGCAUUUUCACUCGGCGCACGGCUACCUCGGCGUCAUUACUUCCAUAGUGCUCCUGCUGCAAUACCUUGUCGGCUUCACCAUGUGGGCUACGCCGGGGUUGUACGGAGGUGAGGACAACGCGAAGGCUAUCUGGAAGUACCACCGAUACAGCGGAUACUUUGUUUUGCUGCUUCUAUUGGCUACCAUCAACAGUGCUACUCAAACCGACUAUAACAAGAACGUGUUGAAGGUGAAGCUCUGGGCUACCCUAAGUUUGUCGGCUCUUGUUGUUAUUGGGAUUUUCCCCCGAAUUCAAAAGCAGAAGCUGGGCUUCAGCCGGCCAAGUGUGUCGCUUUGA